UUUUACUGUUAAUGACGGGAACUUCUACUGUAAAUAUACAGCGGUUUGAAAGAAUUAUUCGCGGGGAAAAAGUAAUUUCAGUGUACGGAAGAGGGCGUGCGAAACGGAUAUUGGUUACAUACGGCGUAAUUCGCCAGCAGCGAUUCCAGACCGGCAAAGCUGCCAGUCUGUGUGCUUUUGGGGAGAAUCGGCGAGUCCAGCACCCUUUCUCACGUGCUCCCGGCCGUUCAGCAUUCGGCUUCCGUAGUACCGCCUGCCGAGUCGUCAUCAACCUUCUACCAGUCUGCUGUCCAAUCUCGCCUGAAUUGUGCUUCACCGUCUCAGUGCACCGACCCACAGAAUAGCCAUUGAUUAAACAAAGCUUGAACUGGCCCUGUCUUCUGGACUCUCUACCCCUUGGUUUAUCCACAGUCAAGAGGAAUGUGAGGAGAGCUUUUCUGUUCUUAUAAAAAGGAAGGUAUGGCUCAGAGACCAAUUUGCUUAAAAGAGGAGACCAUCACUCCAGAGUCCUUCACAUUUAAAGAGGAGGUUCAUGAGCAAGGGCUUCUGUGCCUAAAAGAAGAGGCCUCUGAUAUAAAGGUUUGUCACAAUGUUAAACCAGAAGUGGGAUCUUCAGGUGAUUAUGCCACAUGUGACAGUCCAGUGGGGUCUCUGAGGUUCAGCUGCCAAGUAAUCAAGGCAGAAGGUAAAUGUGAAGAUGCUCAUGUAGAGAAAAAUGAAAUUGAAGGUCAAAAGGUUUCUGGGCUGAAGACACCAUGGUGGAUGACAGAGGAUAUAAGGAAAUUCAAAAAGAAGCCAAAUCCAUUGAAAGACCAACCCCAUCAGAAACGGAGAAAACUGUACAACUGUUUAGAAUGUGGGAAAGGUUUUGAUGCACUUAGUAUUUUUAAAAUACAUGUUAUUGCUCAUACAGGGGUGAAGCCAUACAGUUGUGCAGAGUGUGGAAGAAGUUACAGUCAUCAGUCUGCCCUGAAAAACCACCAGAGGAUUCACACUGGGGAAAAGCCACACAGUUGCAGUGAAUGUGGGCAAAGCUUCAGAGAGAAGAGCAGGCUUAAGAUCCAUAAACGCAUUCACACUGGAGAAAAACCAUAUAGCUGUGCAAAGUGUGAGAAGAGCUUCACUUACCAGUCAGGCCUACUGGCUCAUCAGAGGACUCACGGAGAUGGGAAAACACACAUUUGCACUGAAUGUGGAAAAAGCUUCAGUCACAAAUUCAAACUUAAGGCACACAAUCAAAUUCACACUGGACAGAAACCACAUGUGUGUGGUGACUGUGGGAAAAGCUUCCAUUAUCCUUCUGGCCUUAGAGUUCAUCAGAGCAUUCAUACCGGUGAGAAACCCCACACUUGUACUGCCUGUGGGAAAAGCUUUGUUCAGCCAUCUGCCCUUGCGACCCACCAGAGAAUUCACACUGGAGAGAAACCAUAUAGUUGUGCUGAGUGUGGGAAAAGCUAUAGGUAUGCCAUCUGCCUCACGAUACACCAGCGAAGCCACACUGGGGAGAAACCCCACGUUUGUAAAGAAUGUGGGAAAAGAUUCAUUCACACAAUCAAUCUGAAGGUGCACUUGAGGACUCACACUGGAGAAAAGCCAUAUGGUUGUUUGGAAUGUGGGAAAAGAUUUACUCAGCCAUCUUCCCUUAAGUCACACCAGAAAAUUCACAUGGGAGAGAAACCACACACCUGCACAGAAUGUGGGAUUAGCUUUAAUCAUUUAAAGAAUCUUAAGUCACACCAGAAAAUUCAUUCUCUUAGCAGGCCAAACACUCAAGGCAAACAUAAGAGAACAGCAAUACGACCAGUCAGGACUAAUAAGUGAGGUUGACCUCUGUCUUGAAACUUAUGGUGAUGUUAAACCUCAGGAGAAGCUGUUGAGCAUGUGGAAAUUUUUUGUCAUUAUUCCACCCUCAGAAUGCAUCAGACUAUUCAAUUAAUAUACUAUGGAAUGAUUCAGUUUUCCAGACAUUUUUUGAUCCAUCAUUUUUUUUUCCUAUUUGCUCUUCCAGGUCAGAGCUGCUAGACAGACUGCACCACCCUCUCCUCAGCUAAUACUUUCUACAAUAUCUUUGCAAUUUAUAUGCUAUUUGAGAAAUGCAAUCUCUCCUCCAUUACUUGGAUCUGCCUUUAGGCCUACACAAACUGGAGAAGCAGCAGAUAUACCCAGAGGUCUUACCAUAUUGGCAUCACGGCAAGUGAAUUAAAUAACACUACAUAGGCACCUCAUUUUGUCUACUUGUACUCUCAACCUCAUUCUUUCUGUCACUGAGAAUGGCUCCUGACAAUGUGUAAAGAUGGAAUUUAGACUGACCUGUAAACUGUAAGACUGGCCUAAGGAGUCAUCUUCCACUUUUCCAGAACUUUCUGGGGCACUGAAACCAAUUAUGAAGCAAACAAGAGCCUGAAGAACUUCAACUCCUCCACCUAUGGCAGCUGCUACAGUUGUCUUAGAAUCCAAUGGUCUAGUAAGCAAAGGAAACAUAAA